GCGGACCAGAUCAGUGGACCCCCGUGCCGAUAACAGACGUUUUGAUACUGUUGUCCGUAUCAGUAGUCGCUAGUUUCGCGUAUUUUGUGUGUGUCUCCGUGUAAGCCGCGACAACUGCAACAAAGCGACCGCCGCCGCCGCCAAAUAGGACACAGCCGGGUUGUUUUCGACGACCAACAGUUUCCAAAGCGAAAACAAAAAAAAAAAAAUGGCCAAACCUUUCUCGUGUAAGUAUACUCGAAUCGCCGUGGCGGCCCUCAGACCGUUCGCCGUCCGUCUUUUGUCUGCUUCCGCGUACAGUUCAAAAGGAUUCCCAUCUGUUGUCAAUGAAACCAAUGUAGCCAAAUUCCGAGAAGCAUUCUACAGUGAUGCCAAAAAUGUUUUGGCCCAAAAUGCAUGCUCACGUGUCAGUCCAACAGAAGUGAGCACAUCAAGAGACAGAGUUCAAGAAUGCCAUCAUUAUUUUUCUAAUAAAAUUGAAUCUGAAGGCAAACCAAUAACCAGCCAGAGGAGUUCGGGACGCUGUUGGAUAUUUGCAUGUUUAAAUGUGAUAAGAGUACCAUUUAUUAAGCAGUUUAAUUUGGAAGAGUUUGAAUUCAGUCAAGCGCAUGUAUUUUUUUGGGAUAAAAUUGAAAGAAGUAAUUAUUUUUUAAAUGCAAUCGUUCAAACGGCUAAAAGAGGUGAAUCAGUUGAUGAUAGAACUACUGCGUGUUUACUCUCUAAACCGAUUGAAGAUGGAGGUCAAUGGGAUAUGUUGGUCAACAUUAUUACUAAGUAUGGGCUUAUGCCAAAGAAAAACUUCCCAGAAUCGUUUAGCUGUGAAAGUAGUUCUACUGUCAAUAUCAUAUUGAACAGCAAGCUCCGGGAAUACGCCAUUGUGUUGCAUAAACUUGUUAGUGAUAAUGCUACAGACAAUGAAGUCAAGUGCAAAAUUGAAGAGCAAAUGGAAGUCAUCUACCGAAUCGUCGGUAUUUGUUUUGGUAUACCUCCAACUACAUUUGAAUGGAAUUACUAUGACAAAUCCAAACAGUAUCAUUCUGUUGGGCCUAUAUCUCCAUUGGAAUUCUACGAAAAACACGUUAAACCCAUUUUUGAUGUAACUGAGAAAGUGUGUUUGAUUUCGGAUCCGAGACCUAACAACCGUUAUGGAAAACUGUACACUUUGGACAUGUUAAACAAUAUGGCUGGAGGGCGAAAAGUAUUAUACAACAAUCAGCCUGUUGAAGUGUUAAUUAAGGCAGCACAAGAAUCAAUUAUCAAACGGGGAGAACCAGUGUGGUAUGGCUGCCAAGUUAGCAAAAGAUUUUCUGACAAACUCGGUCUAGAAGAUUUAAAAAUCCAUAAUUAUCAAUUAGUAUUUGGUACUGAUGUUUCGGUCCCAAUGACCAAAGCUCAACGUAUGCUUUAUGGCGAGUCGGCCAUGACACAUGCAAUGGUGUUAACGGGUGUCAAUUUAAUCAACGGCGAACCAAACAAAUGGAGGGUUGAAAAUUCGUGGGGCGAAGAUCGUGGAGACAAAGGGUACCUUAUGAUGACGACUGAAUGGUUCAAUGAGUAUGUAUUUGAAGUUGUUGUAGACAAGAGUCUACUGCCAGAAGAAGUUUUGGCCGUGUUCCAACAAGAACCUCAAGUACUGCCCAUUUGGGAUCCUAUGGGAACUUUAGCAUAAGGAUGAACUAAUAAUAUAUUUUUAUAAUCAUCUUAAAUAUAUAAAUAAAUUAUAUUACACAUUUUGUAAACAAUAUAUAUUAUUUAACUACU